UCGGAGCCCGGGGCCAGGUCGUCCGCCGCGGGCUCGCGCGCCCCGAGCCCCAGCGCCUGCCCCGGUCCCAGACGCUUGCUGCUACGGUUAACAGAAGCAGGAGGAAGGGACGGGAACCGCUACUGGGUUACUAUGCACUUGCGACUCAUUUCUUGGUUUUUUAUCAUUUUGAACUUUAUGGAAUACAUCGGCAGCCAAAACGCCUCCCGGGGAAGGCGCCAGCGAAGAAUGCAUCCUAACGUCAGUCAAGGCUGCCAAGGAGGCUGUGCCACGUGUUCAGAUUACAAUGGAUGUUUGUCAUGUAAGCCCAGACUAUUUUUUGUUCUGGAAAGAAUUGGCAUGAAGCAGAUUGGAGUGUGUCUCUCUUCAUGUCCAAGUGGAUAUUAUGGAACUCGAUAUCCAGAUAUAAAUAAGUGUACAAAAUGCAAAGCUGACUGUGAUACCUGUUUCAACAAAAAUUUCUGCACAAAGUGUAAAAGUGGAUUUUACUUACACCUUGGAAAGUGCCUUGACAAUUGCCCAGAAGGGUUGGAAGCCAACAACCAUACCAUGGAGUGCGUCAGUAUUGUGCACUGUGAGGCCAGUGAAUGGAGUCCGUGGAGUCCAUGCAUGAAGAAGGGGAAAACAUGUGGUUUCAAAAGAGGGACUGAAACACGGGUCCGAGAAAUAACACAGCAUCCAUCAGCAAAGGGUAACCUGUGUCCCCCCACCAGUGAGACAAGAAAGUGUACAGUGCAAAGAAAGAAGUGUCAGAAGGGAGAACGAGGAAAAAAAGGAAGGGAGAGGAAAAGGAAAAAACCCAAUAAGGAAGAGAGUAAGGACGCAGUACCUGACAACAAAGGUCUGGAACCCAGCAGAGAAACCCCGGAACCACGAGAAAACAAAGACAAACAGCAGCAGAAGAAGCGAAAGGUCCAAGAUAAACAACAGAAAUCGGUAUCAGUCAGCACUGGACACUAGAGGGUCCCAUGAGAGCGUUGUAAACUCAGAUGCUGCUAUCUCAGCCAGAUGCCCAGGACAGGUGCUCUAGCCGUUAGGACCACAAAUGGACAACGUGUCAGUUACUGCUCAGUCUAAACAACAUUCCAAAUAGUCGCUAUACUCUUCAUACAAGCAUAGUUCACAACAAAGAGCCAAAAGUUCAAAGAAGGGAUGUUUUCAAAUGGUUCUCUUACGUGCUUCUGUGCAUUUCUAAGAGACGAGAAGUUUUGUACAUAAUGACCGAUAGGCUGUAAGAUGUACAGCGUCACGAUGACAUCUGGAGAAGCAACAUCUUUUCCCUAUAAAAAUAAGUUUCCAAGUUACUGCUUUAAGAAGCGAAAGAUAGUUGUGCAAACUCAGAGACGCAGUAUCCCUUCAGCGCAAAUAAGAGAUCAGGGAAGAGGAACACCUUUCAAAGAACAGUGUCGUUGUGUCCAGGAGAUCUAGAGAGUGCUCAGAUAUUAGGGCCUGGCCUUGGGAAUCCUAGGAGUGAUCACCGCAGGAACACCUGCUUUCAGAUUGGUUCUAUCGCCCUCACCCUGUCCUUCCGCAGGAAACGUGAGGGCGUACACCAGAGCUAAGCAUCCUGUCCGGGAGUGGAGAAGGGCACAGUGUGGAAGACACCGUAGCGCUGGAGAUGACUUCUGGGCCUCACAGAGCUGUGAAGGGUUGGGAUUACCUGGAACAGGUCUCCAGUCGAUGUCAGCACUGUGCCGUUCAGCCUCUGCUACCCCCUGGGUUCUAGAAGUCUGUAAACAUGUACCUAUAACUUCCAAAAGCAAAAAUCAUACUUACUAGAAGAAAAUUCUGAUCUCAUAGAAAACGAGAACUAGAGCAAAGGAGACUAGAACAUGUUUGCAAGGUCGUGUGUUUUCGGAGGGAAAGACGAUUUUAAUUACCUGCUUCAUGGUCCACCUGGAACUAAAAGGGAUACUACUUUCUAACAAGGUGUAUCUAGUAGGGGGGAAAGCCACCACAAUAAAUAUAUUUGUUGAUAGUUUUUAAA